CAAACCCCUCCCUGUGUUCCUCACACACACCCUCUCUUCUCUUCUCUUCUCUUCUCUCUCCCUCUGUGUCUCCGAUCUGAUCUCUCAGAAAUUUGAGAAUGGCGUCGUCAGUGUUACCGACACCACUCCUGAAGGACGAACUUGACAUCGUGAUCCCAACCAUCAGGAACCUGGACUUCCUUGAGAUGUGGCGCCCGUUCUUCCAACCCUACCACCUCAUCAUCAUCCAAGACGGUGAUCCUUCUAAGAAGAUCAACGUCCCUGAAGGUUUCGAUUACGAGCUUUACAACCGCCUCGACAUCAACCGCAUCUUAGGCCCUAAGGCCUCCUGCAUCUCCUUCAAGGACUCCGCUUGUCGCUGCUUCGGGUUCAUGGUUUCAAAGAAGAAGUACAUCUACACCAUCGACGAUGAUUGCUUCGUUGCGAAGGAUCCAUCUGGGAAAGAAAUCAAUGCUCUGCAGCAGCACAUUAAGAAUCUUCUGAGUCCUUCAACACCAUUCUUCUUCAACACUCUCUAUGAUCCGUAUGCAGAAGGCGCUGAUUUCGUUCGCGGAUAUCCCUUUAGCCUCCGGGAGGGUGCCCCCACGGCGGUGUCUCAUGGCCUCUGGCUCAACAUUCCUGAUUACGACGCUCCAACUCAGCUUGUGAAGCCUAUGGAAAGGAACACUAGGUAUGUGGAUGCAGUUUUGACAAUUCCAAAGGGAACCCUGUUUCCCAUGUGUGGUAUGAAUUUGGCAUUCGAUCGCGAGCUGAUUGGUCCGGCAAUGUACUUUGGUCUUAUGGGUGAUGGACAACCCAUUGGACGCUACGACGAUAUGUGGGCUGGUUGGUGCACAAAGGUUAUAUGUGACCAUUUGGGAUUGGGGGUGAAGACAGGAUUACCCUACAUUUGGCACAGCAAAGCCAGCAACCCAUUUGUGAACCUCAAGAAGGAGUACAAGGGGAUCUUCUGGCAAGAAGAUCUUAUCCCGUUCUUCCAAGCUGUCUCUCUUCCGAAGGAUUGCACCACUGUUCAGAAGUGCUACAUUGAACUCUCCAAACAAUUUAAGGAGAAGUUUGGAAAGGUUGAUGAUUACUUCAACAAGCUUGCAGAUGGAAUGGUCACAUGGAUUGAGGCUUGGGAUGAACUUAACCCAUCUGCUGCUGCUUUGCCCAAUGGUCCUGCAAAGUAAAAUGUAUCACUCAGAUUUGCUCAGUGUUAUAGUUCUGAAGCCUUUUUGCCUAGGAUUUCUGCGGCUUAGUUUAAGUUUUUAGGCAGGGCAGAGGAUAAUGAUAUGGCGAUAGUUAUUUUCAUUUUACUAUUUUCUUAGGGGACCAGAGUCUAGAACAAUAAGCGAUUUCAAUUGUCAUGCCCUUCUAAUUUAUUACAUAUAGAGAUUCUACCGGUUGGGUUUUGUCUUA